UGAUUCUCGGUCCGCAGUCUUGAUUUGGGGGGGAAUUUGGAAUUCCCAUGCAGCCACUGCUUCUCUGAUCGAUAAGCCAACGAAGACGCAACCUCACCAGCGCGUUGCUGCACCAACUCCAUUCAUUCACAUUCGCGAAUCAAGGACCGUGGAUUGGCGCAUUCCAUCAGUGAAGCAGGAUCUUGCACUACCAUCUUGGGUAGUCGUUUGGCUUCUCUCACUUCUGACCCUUUCGCUUUGACACUCCUCCCCUUCCCUUGGCCAAACAUGGGCAAAAGUCGAAAGUUGUUCUUACAAUGGAGACGGCCGAGAACGAACUCCUAGUCCAUGUCAGUGCUCCCAGCACCGCACAAGAUGACAGACGCUACAUCUCUAUCGCGCAAUCCGUUCUGAACUUCGGGCCGGCUAUAAUCACAAGAGUUUCUGGCUUCUCGCCGCUCUCCGUUUCUGGGGAAGAGUUGGACGGCAAUGAUGAACCAGAAGCCCCCGUUAAUACUAGGAGAUCCUUCUCGCGUCGACCAAGCCUGCCUCGCCCAAACACUGCUCCCGAACUGACCUCAAGCGGCGAUCGGACCGGAUUACCUCCAGCUGGAGCGGUUCGCAGGCGUGCCUCCGAGACUUCUAUCAGCGACUCCUUUUCGGCCUAUUGCAAUCCGAAUGGCAGAAGCGCUGAUGUGGGCGCGCAAGGGGUCAAGAAUAUUUCUGCCUCUCUAUCAGAAUCUCAGCCUUCAGUUGCCUCGACUGAACAUCUUUUGGCUUCCACAAAUACAGAGCGAAGACGAAAGAAGCCGCGGACGGAGAUCGAGUCUUGCAAUGUCGGAGUCGUCAACCGAUCUGCACCCAGAGCUUCUGACGGCGAUGAGACGGAUUCUACAGAGUCCGCAUCAUCUUCUCAGCUGAGUGUCUACGGCACUUUGAGAGCGAGGGCACGCAAGCCUCAGCCAGCAGAAAGUCGCUGUGUGAUCGAUUUGACCAGCCCGGAUCGCUGCGAACGCCCAGUCCAUGUUGGUCCCGUCGCUCGCCAAGUGGAGUUGAACAGUCACCCAUCGCCAGUCGCGCCGAUUGCCAGUUACGCCGAUUCUGCUCCACGUCUACAACAAGUCCACCAUCAAAUAAGACUCCUGCCUGCAGAUGUCCGACCUCCGAAUCCUCUUGGUGGGCAGUUGAGGUUUACGACGCAUAUUACCGAGACCUUGAAGAAGCUGACGAACGGGAAGGCACCCUUGCUCAAGCAUUUCCGGCCGGCAGUCGUGCACAGAGACGUUAAAGUUCUUGAGCGAGGACAUUGGCAAUUCUGGAUCAAAACAGCGGCGGAGAGCAUCGUGAAAGAAUCAAGACAACCUCCGCGGGCAACACUAAAGCUUUUAGGGUCCACCGCACGGAAGAAACGCAAAAAGGCUGUGGGCGAGGGGGAUCUGAAGAACCCAAGUCAUACACUGUGGACAGAGGAAGAAUUUCUGCAGUUCUGGAAGAACAUGACCUUAAUCAUUGAAUCAGGCAAGGUGGGAUGGGCGACACGCAUGACGAAGGAGUUGGAAGGUGAUAGUCUUUGGAAGGUUAGGGUGUUCACAUGGGGAGAGAUGCUCGGGCAUAUUUGGAUGUUGUUUUUGGUUCUUUCGGAUAGGCUGACGACGAAGGUACCUAUGGAAUGGAUCUCUGGGGAUGGGGCAGUGGUCGCUGCGAUGUCAGAAGGCAAACAUCAAUCCGGGGUAUGGAUGAGAAAGGGGCCGGAGGGGGAGCGAGGGGUUUGGGGUUUAGCAUAA